AACCUUUUUUUGGCUUUUCUCUUUUUUUCUCUUUUUUUCCUUUUCUUUUCUUUUUCUUGCUUCUACUCUCCUUUCCACAGUGAUAAACGUUCCUUUCCCCUGAUUGUUUGCCCGUACUUUUUUUUUUUUUUUUACCGAAGCUCAAUUCCCUUCGCCGUUCAAUUGCAGUUCAAACUGUUGUUUUACACUUACCAAAAGGAAUGAAGACAACUCUAUUUGUUGCGGGAUUCUACCAUGGGACGCGUGCCCGGGAUCUUGCAUACGAGUUUGAGAGAUAUGGAAGAUUGAUACGUUGCGAUAUUCCAGCUCCAAAAUCUUUACGUGCUAAACCCUAUGCCUUUGUAGAAUUUGAAGAUGCACAUGAUGCAGAAAAAGCUUUUCGUGAUAUGCACGGAAGGCGUUUCGAAGAAUGUACUUUAAGCGUCCAGUGGGCACGCUUUGCACCAGGACCUGCCUGGCGUCUAGGGCCCUCUCACCCUCCACCGCCUCCAAUGGCAGAAAAUGAGCUUCCAAUGCUCCCAGAACCAUCAUCUUCUGGAAGUCACGCAACAACAAACGCACCUCCAUCCUCAAACACAACCACAGUGCUUCCAUCAGCGACCUCUUCCAUCUCCUCCAUAUCUAUCAAAACAGCACCCUCUGAAACGAAUGAAUCUUCUCAAACAAGACAACAACUACCGACAACUUCCAGCUCUGUUUACGACGAUGAGAUGUUUCUUCAUAAAAGAAGAUCCUACGCUGCACAUGAAAGCACCAGCAGUUACCGUUCAUCUAUGGAAACCUCGCGUAUACCGUCUCCCUCCUCGUCUUACCCAUAUGCUAACCACCGUCAUCAUCGACAUCAUCCACAUCGUCACCACCAUUAUCCCCACGACGAUUAUCCUGUAUUCAGAGGUAGAUCACCUCCACCUUCGCCCUAUCCGCGAUAUCAUGAGCGUCGUCAUUACUAUGGUGACGAAGUUGACUACUAUUACUAUCAAGACCAUAGUCAUAGUAGCAGCAGAAGAGCGAGACCGCGAGGAGUGAGAAGAAGAGAUGACAGCCGUUACAGCGAUAGUAGUUGUAGUCGGAGUCGUAGUAACAAUAGCAGAAAGAAAAGAAGCCGAUACGUGAGUCAAUCCUCAUCUUCUGUAUCGAGUUCAAGAUCACCUUAUUACCCAACGACAGCAACGUCAAAACAUCAACAGGAACAGCACAAAUACUCAGCAUCGCCAGUCUGCACCAACAGCUCUAAUAAUAGUAAUAAUAAUACCUUAUCCAUGAUACCACAGCAAAAACUAACAUCGACAGAUCCCUCCAGUAAACAGUAAAUGUAGCAAAUCAGCACCAUUUUAAUAUCAGCCAUAAUGAUGAUCAUGAGCACACUUGUUUGAUUCCUUCUUUCUUUCAUACUUUUUUUUUUGUUUUUUUUUUAUUUACACAAAAAAAAAA